UUGUCGUCAAUUUCCGUGGCCUUUAGGCAAAUUCCUGAAUUCAAUCAUUGCCAAUGUCAUUGUUUAUAAAUUUUUCAAAGUGUUUUGGUUUUCUGGUCUAGUAUAUGGAUUUCAAGUGACUUCCGUUCUUUUAUUGUGGAUCAUUGGCUAAAUAUACCACUUGGGCGAUAAACGAAGUCAUUAAAGGCGCUUGAAACGAACAUUUAUUGUAAAAUACGACGAACUGUAAACUUUGAAAUCCCGGAGGGCCUGUAUUUGUAUAUUGGACAUUUGCAACCGCUUCAGGCAAAAUGAAGAUAUGGGAAAGAGACCUAUAAAUCAUGCUCAAAGUGUCUUUGCGCUGUUGUAGACAGAUAAGCUCUAAAAUAUGGCUGUACAAAUUGAAUCAGCGUCGAAACGAGAGCUUUCCCUCGAGAAGGGUAAACUGGCAACGCAAGCUUGCCAAAGAGGCGAUUUCGAUGAAGCAUCGUUGCUAUACACUGAGGCUAUAUCAUUAGAUCCUCGUAACCAUGUCUUCUACACGAAUCGCUCAGCAGUAUAUAUGAGAACGAAACAGUAUGAACUAGCACUUGAAGAUGGAAAGAAAGCCGCAGAACUAAAGCCUAAUUGGCCAAAGGCACAUUACCGCCAAGCGGUGGCUCUUCAGUGUAUGGGGAAAUACCACGAAUCCCUUGCGGCCUUCGCGUCUGCGUUGGCCCACGAUCAGAAGAGUCAGCAGCUAUUGACUGGAAUCAUCGAUACAGCUUUGAAGUCGCCUUUGAAAGAAAACAUCGAGAAAAUAUUCGGUCGACUUCAGCAAGUGAGCAUGGAUCAAAAUCCAUUUGUCGUGGUGUCAAUAAUCGGGCAGGAACUUCUUAAUGCAGGUCACAUCCAGCCCGCAAUCACGUGCUUGGAGAAUGCGUUGAAAAUCGGCACUGUUGGGCUACGCAUGCGUGGCUCCGUUAUCUCGGCGCUGACGAGUGCUUACUGGAAAGUGGGCAAUCUUUCGCGCUCCGUUGAGCUAAUGCAGGAAGAUCUGGAUAUCUGUCGUUCAUUGGGCGACAACGAUGGCGAAUGCAGAGUUCUUGGUAACCUUGGUAACGCUUAUUUCGCGAUGAAACAACAUGACGAAGCGCUCAAUUCACAUCGUUCACAACUUAUGGUCGCUUCAAAGCAUAAAAACAAAAAGGCAGCUGCAUCAGCUCUGAGCUCUAUAGCACACGUGUAUGUCUCCUUAGCAGACUACCCCAAUGCUAUUGAAAGUCAUGGCAAGGCGAUUGAUUUUCAAAGGCAACUCAAAGAUCCUUUAGGCGAGACCCUUGAAUUGGGACAUCUUGGUGCGGUACACCUGCUCGCAGGCAACACCGAUAAGUCGAUAGAAUGCCACGCACAACAGCUGACCCUAGCGAAAUCUUUGAAUAAUGAUAAAGAAGUCGCAUUAGCUUACAGCAAUUUGGGAAGUGCUUAUAUUCAGAAAGGUAAUCAUCACGAGGCAGCAAAGCUUCACGGACAGGUUUUAAAGCUUGCAGAGACUCUUGGGGAUCCCUCCCUCGAGGCACGGGCUUGCGCGGGUCUUGGAAGCGCGUAUCGCUCCAUAGGAAACCUAGGCAAGGCUCUGAAAUAUUACGAACGUCAACAAUCUGUCGCGGUGAAGCUGAAGGAUAGAAUCAUGGAGGGGAGAGCCCUUUCGAGCUUGGGAAUUAUUUAUCUGGAACAGGGAGAGUGUUUACAUGCUUUGAAACUACAUAAAGUACACUUGGCUAUUUGUCAGGAGUUCGGAGACCGUGCUGGGCAAGGACAGGCUUACGGAAACAUGGGUUGUGCCUACUGUGCGUUGAAGAAAUACGAGCAAGCAAUUAAAUACCACGAAAAAGAGCUCGCUAUCUCCAAGGAGGUUAAUGACGCCAUCUCUGAGGCAUGUACCCAUGGCAACCUCGCGGUGGCGUAUCAAGGACUCGGAAAAUCCGAGGAAGCGCGACGACACUACGAACAGCACCUCUCGAUUUCUCGCGCCAAUGGCGACACCUACAACGAAGGAGUGGCGCUCUUCAAUCUGGGAAAUUUUUACAGCUCAAGCGGAAGCUUCAAGAAGGCUGUCGCAUUUUACGAGAAAUAUAUGAAGCUCACGCAAUCAACAGGCGAUAAAAAAGGCGAAAAUAAGGCGUGUCAUAAUUUGGCGUUUGCUCACUUCUCGUUGGGCAAUCUGGAAGAAUCCGUUGAGCUCUACAAACAAAAUAUUGAACUAGCUCAAGCUCUACAUGACAAGAAUACUCUUGCCAGGACAUAUUGUAAUUUGGGGCUGGUCUAUAAAGAUUUAGGAGAUUUCCAGAAUUCUCUGAUGUGUCAGACUAAUUUCCAAACAGUUUCUCACGAAAUUGGGUACUCAACGGGUGAAUGUAGGGCUUUAGGGAACAUUGGGGAUUUAUAUGUACAAACUAAGCGUAUACGCGAGGCUGUCGGUUACUAUGAGAAACAAGUUAAGAUGGCGGAUAAAUUAAAAGACAAGGGAUCCUUAUCGCAGGCUCAUGCUUCUCUUGGGCAUGCGUACAAGAUGCUAGGGAAGGUUGACAAAGCUCUUGUGUGUCACUCAAAGGAGCUGGCAUUUCGUCGUGAGAUUGAUGAUACACAGGGCUUGUUUAAAGCUCUUGAUCAUAUUGGAACCGAUUGUAUUUCGUCCGGACGAACUGACGAGGCAAUAGAGUAUUUUUCAGAGCAGCGUCUCAUCGCCGACCGGGUAAAAGAUUCUCACCUGCAGGCCCGAGCCUACGGGAAUUUAGGGCAGGCGAAGCUGAGCGGCGGUGCUUACCAAGAGGCGAGGGUGUACUUUGGAACUCAGAUUGAGAUCCUAGAACGAGUGGGAGCUGGCUCUAUCGAGCUUGGUCGUGCACGAGGUAAUUUAGCGGAGUGUUUGUUCAUGCUGGGAGAGCAUGACGAGGCACGUGGACUGUACGAAGGAUAUCUGAAUUCAGCCAAAAAGAUGGGUUCCUCUAAUGACCAAGAUAAGGCAUACCAAGGUCUUGGUAAAGUAUUCAGAGCUCUGGGGAAUCUACAACAAGCAUUGUUCUGUUUCGAGAACCGUCUUGUCUUCGCCCACGAGCUGACGGAGUCAUCAGCCAAGGGGUCUGCGUACGGGGAGUUGGGAAACCUGCACAGGACUAUGGGAAACUUCGAACAAGCUGCUGCUUGCUAUGGUCAGCAGCUGAAGUUGGCGAAAGAAUGUCAUGACCUGGAAAGCGAGAGUGAUUCUGAAUGUGGGCUGGGAGAGGUUCAUACAAAGUUGGGCGACUACACUACAGCGCUUUCCCAUCACGAGAAUGAAUUGAAACUUGCGGAUAAGCUUCACAGCAGCAUGAGGCAGUCACGUGCAUUUGGCAAUCUUGGUCUUGUUUAUGAACUGAUGCAAGAUUACAAGAAAGCGGCGGAAUGCCAGGAGCAACACUUGUCUAUCGCUGCCCAAGUGAGCGACCGUGUGGGGAAGGUGAAUGCUUACAGUAGCCUGGGGAGGAAUCAUUAUUUGAUGGCCAAUUUUGCACAGUCUAUAUCUUAUUUCAAGCAAGGUCUUACGAUCGCUGAGACGCUGGGACGAAGUGAAGAUGAGGCUACUAUAAGGUAUUGGUUAGGCGUCGCUCUGUGCGCGAAGAAAGACAUCCUUUCUUCUCUCGAACAGUUGUAUCAAGCAAUUGAACUUUACGAGAAACUUCGUGACGCCGGGAUCAGCGAUGGACGUUUUCAACUCGCCAUGCAUGAACAACAGGCGCUCUGUUAUCAGGUCCUACAACGAGUGCUUAUCGAUCUCGGGCGUCGUGAAGAAGCUCUUGUUAUUGCCGAGAGAGCUCGUGCUCAGGACUUCAUCGACUUCUUACUGCGCCGACCAGGCAUUGAGCGACAGCAAGAGAAAGACUGGAUCCGACUCGAAAGUUAUGAUCAAAUCAUGGAAGUUGUCAACAAACAGAAUGGCUACUUCAUUUGUUAUUCUCUGGUCCUAGGCUACCUGUGUAUAUGGUUGAUCGUUCCUCAGCAUGGCAUUGUGAAAUUUCAUGAACUCAGACUCUCGGAUGAAAUGCCUGAGCUUAUGGUUCAUAUGGACAGCGGUAUGUCGACCACCUCCGAGUCAAUGCUGGAAAGAUUGAUCGGACAGAUUCGUGAGAACAUCGGCGUAGAGCCGGCCUGCGGUAGCUCCAUCUCAACGAUGUCUUCAAGUCUAUCUGGAAGCGACCUUGAUGAGCCUGCGUUCGAAAGUCCGAGUUCCCAGCCGAGAUCACGUUGUUCCAGUGAAAACAACAGUCAACCCUCAACACCCUCCUCUACCCUGUCCUAUUUGAAGAACAGCUUGUUAAGAAAAGGCCUGCGAAAGCUAAAUGGCGUCCGUCAAAACAAAGACGUAACCACCGCCUUACCAGUCCAGGUCUUGUAUGAAACUCUGAUAGCUCCAGUUGAAGAAUUUCUUCCCAGGUCCCCACAGAGCGAUGGCAGUUUGAUCGACCUCGUCCUAGUCCUUCAAGGAGACCUCUAUCUUGUACCAUUCUCCUUGCUACACGGUCAUGCAAAGGAUUACCUUCAUAAACGAUUCUCCCUCCUAACCGUUCCCUCGAUACGAGCACUAAUGUUAACCUCAAAUACCCACCAUAAAUCCCAAACAACAAGACUGGUAGUUGGAGAUCCACAAUUACCCCUGUCUAUCGAUCAGUAUCGCUGUAACCCCAGUACCCAAAGCGAAGCAGAGCUGGUUGGCAGUUUGUUCGGUACCAAGCCCCUUAUUGGAAGUGAUGCGACGAAGGAUGUCGUUUGCAAAAAAGCACAGGAGGCUGAGUGUAUCCACUUUGCGACAAAUACAUCCUGGAAACACUCAGCUCUAGUCCUCGCGCCAAACAAGGAAAACAAUAGGGACUUUGGUAGUAACGAGAACUUUAUGCCAUCUCCAACCGACUUCCUUCUGUCAGCUUCUGAAAUAUCUUACAUGAAGUUCCCCGCAAAAAUGAUCGUCUUGAGUUGCGCACAAAACGAGACCCGGAAUAAAAUGUCCUUAGAUGGUUUGCUGUGUAUAGUACGAUCAUUCCUAUUGGCUGGAUGUAGCUGUGUCUUGGUCUCUCUUUGGCCCGUACCCGAGCCUGCGUACCAGCUGUUACUUCAAGGCUUUUAUAAGCGAUUCCUGCGCGGGAUGCGCGCGAGUCGUGCCCUCGCACACGCGGUGAAGCUCGUGGAAAGCAACAAGGAGUUUGAUCAUCCAUCAAACUGGGCUGGCUUCGUGUUGGUCGGCCGAGAUGUGAAGGUCUCCAAAAAGACGGUUCAGUUGCGUGAGGCUUUGGUAGUUCUGAUUGACUCGACAGCAAACUGCAGAGAAGCAUUGAAAGUUAUCUUGCAUCUGGUUGACAAAGCGAACCAUCGACUUCUCAACAACAACACGUCGUUGAUGUACACAGCCGAAGCCAGCGUAGCGCACAAGUUGGGUGAUGCCCAGGGUUGGAGAGAUGUUCUCACAGCGGCCGGAUUUCGCUUCAGAAAAGCUGCAAAGAAUUUACCUGAUGCUGUGUUUUUCCCACUGAAAGACGAGAGGGGAAAGUUGCGACAAUGUGGCGACAUUUUACGAUCCUUACUCGGCUUGAGUCCAACAACUCUACAAGCAAUAUCAAAAGUUCUUUCAUGUUCGAGUCUUGUCAGAGCCCUCUUAGAUUUAUUCAAUCAGGUGCUGUCGAGUUUUGCCAAAGGUUUGAACAAUGUUCAAGUCCCACUCCCGCUCAAUCUCUGGCAUAUGAUUGGCUGUCACGAGCUGCUUGCGUCAAUGGGAUUUGAUCUGCUUGGUGUUGGCAAGGAUGAGGUUAUGUUACGAUCCGGGGGUAUGAACAGUCGUCGAGUCUUGCAGUGCUCUGUCGUAGCAUUGAAUACAUUAACUGGUGGCCUUGGUACGGACAAUAUUGAAUUCAACGGCGAGUUUCCGCUACGUCGCUCGGGUUCAGAUUCCAGUCUAAAGAGUUCUGUCUCAACUAUAUCCAGUUUUAGUUACACGAGUGCCGAGCGCACGAUCGAGGCACGAUCAUAUCACGGAAGCUCACGAAGGAGUCACGUAAGUGAUAUUGAAUCAAUUCUCGAUGAUCUUGAGAAGUGUCAGGAGGAGUCAAGCGUUGAUCCAGACAUCUCCGAAGACCUUCCGAACACUCCCGAUGAUAUUCCAAUAAAUUCCGAUAGCCGAGCGCUUUCAUUGAAGAAGAAACACGAUGCUAAAUCCAGUGCCUCACAAGAUGUGUCCACUCCCACCCUGACUCGAAAAAAUGGACGUAAAUUUGGCGACUUAUCCCUGUUUACAAAUAAUAAUAAUAAUACCUUCGUUCCUUUGGAGGUAACAGGAAGUCCCCUGAGCCCUUUAACGCCCAAUAACUUCACCGGACAAGCGAUGGUCUCCAGUCCUAUCCGUAUGGACGGACAGAUGAACGGACUCUGGGAAAAACCUGCUAUGAUGGCGAAAUCUCCGGUUAUAGACAGAUCUUCGUAUCAGUUCCCGACGCAUUUCCGUGAUACUUCGGAUUCGCUCGACUCCGAGGCGUCAACCUCCGUGAGUAGCCCCGGCCACAAGACGCCCGGCAGUUUUAACCUUAUGCGUGAGAAUGGUGCUGCGAGCGUUACCAAUGGCGAUAAGAAUGGCGUGAUCCGUUCCCAUGGCGAUAAGAAUGGCGUUAGCAAAUUACGUAAUUACGAUGAAACAAAUGGUGUAGAUAAAUCGCCACAGAUAAGAAGAGGUAAUUUACGCCGGGGACUUGAUAAUGCCGUAGAACACGAGCUUGAUGAUGAAUUAUGUCGUCAAAGGUACAUGUCUGGACCAUCGAGAACUGUUUCAUUUGAUAGUGUUGUUGAUUUUGAUGACCCCUCAGACCACAAGGACCGCAGACCAAACGAUGUUGAGACGUUCCACGCACUUAUUCAAAACACGCGUGGAUCUCGCAAGACGCUGUACACGCAGGGUAAAGAAGGUAAUCUGAACAAAACCUAUUCGAAAUCUGCGGAUGAUUUGAAGUCAGUUGGAAAAACCCACGAAUCUCACGAGAUGUUCUCGAUGGAGCUCGAUACGGAGGCGAAUGGCGUGGAUUCUGACGUCAUCUCUGGUAUUCCAAGCAGUUCCAGGUAUCAAGAUGGACAUGGUAACAGAGGUGACCCCGGGAGAAGGAAAUUAAAAAGCGAAUACUUAGCGAAUUUGAAAAAUCUGCAAGCUUCUUCGUGCUAAAUACAACCAUUUCGAUAAAAUUUUACCAUGAAUUAUAAUAAUUGUUGAGCAAGUUUAGUAUUAAAAUAGGAAUCCAGAAGAGUAUCUUUCAAUGAUCACACACACAAUACACACGUCUAUUCCAGCAUGCAUUCUUAACCACUGAUUCUCCAAAGAAACUGUUUGAAAUGAAACAAAAUGAUUGUUAAUGUUCCUAAUGAGACUGCAGAGGUAAAUUUUCAAGGAAAAUUAAAUACGCCGUCAAUUUGUGACGGAUUUAGAAUGAAAGAAAAAUUAGUUUUAGGACAUAGGACUGACCCGUAGAUUUGUAUUUCAGAAACUAACUUCCAUAAUUUUUAAAUGUUAGCAAAGGGCUAUGUCCAGGCACAUGGUCUAUUAAUAUAGGUCAACUGAACACAUAUGAUACAUUCAACUUUAACGACAAGGUCCAACCAACGGACGGCUCCACUCAUCUCUUUUAUGCACUAAAAGUGCUCUGUUCUACCUUCGGGUGGUCAUUUGCAGUUUGUGAAUAGAAUUAACGAAUACAAGGUUAUUUACAUUAUUAUUAACAGUAAUCACUAACAAAUGACGUGGUCUUUAUAUUGUGACUGAAUGAUACUUGUAUAUAAAAUGAAUCUGAUUUCUGAUUCAGAAAUUUUUAUGAUCUAUUGAUUGUGUAACGAUAUUUUCAUAUUUAUACUCUUUGAAUGCCCGAAUAUGAUGUACAUUAGCCAAAAUAUACACUUCGUUUUUAUCCAAAUGUAUGUAAAACAGUAUAAAUUUAUCACAAUCACAAUAUGUAUAUAUAUUGAACAUUUGUAGAUAUCAUUUUGUAACAGAGUAAAAGAAAUAAAUUC